GGAGCAACAAGUCGCAACCGGUCCGCUGAAUUUCCCGUUGAACGGUGAUGAUCAGCUCUCGUGCCCUUGAGGAGCGACAACUCUCGGGUUUUAUGAUCAUUUAUGAUGCUAAUUUGCGAUAAUCCGAUGUGAAUGUACUAGCGGACCUGAUGGAGAACCGCAUCGGCUGUGUUUGUUGUGAAAUGACGGACUGGAGAUCAGUUUGAAGAUAAUGAUGACGGGGCUGAUUGAUCAGGGUGAUGAUAUGGGCCUGGUGACCCCGAUCGAGCUGACGGACCCUCAGAAAGACGAGGAGCCCCAGUGUCCCGCUCAUUUCAGACAGAGCCUCAUGCUUCAGCUCAUUGAUGAUCUGUCAUAUGAAGAUGUGAAGAAAUGCUACAGAGGUUCAACCGUCAGCAAAUAUAACUCUCAGUACCACAAACUGUUCUCCACCGUCCCGAAGGAGGAGAUCCUGAUGAAAGUUUAUUCUUGUGCUCUUCUGAGGGAUAUUCUUCUUCAAGGUCGACUUUACAUUUCACGAAACUGGCUGUGUUUCUACGCAAACCUUUUCGGCAAAGACAUCAAGGUUGCCAUUCCGGUGGUUUCUGUGCGACUGGUGAAGAAACACAAAACUGCAGGACUCGUACCCAACGGACUCGCCAUCACCACUGACACCAGCCAGAAGUAUGUGUUCGUGUCUCUGCUAUCACGGGACAGUGUGUAUGAUGUGCUCAGGAGAAUCUGCACACACUUACAGGUGAACGGCAAGAAGAGUCUGAGUCUAAAGCAGUAUCUGGAGGAGCCCGGCUCUCUGUCCACGGAUGAGUUCCCGGUCAGCACAGACUUCACCCCGGUGCUGAAGUGGAGGAGGAAUCCCUCGGCUCCGUCUGUGUCUUCAUCACUGCCUGACCUGCUGGGAAACUCCAGCAGCAGCCUGAGUGCAGGAGACACAGCGUACACUGCAGAGACACCACUGGAGGAGCGGCGUCUGGAAGCUGAAAAGAUCCUGCUGUCUGAACCGGGAGCAGAGCUGGGACACAUGGAGUAUCACCUGCUGAAGCUCUUCAUUCUGCUCAUUAUUCUCCUCAUCAUGUCGUCGUGUUAUCUGGCGUUUCGGGUCUGCAGUCUGGAGCAGCAGCUGUCCUUCUUAAACACACAACCCACACUGAGUGAGAGGUAACCCUGGUUUAACCUGUGGACACACACACACACACACACACACACACACACACACAUACACUGAACGCGGAUUGACCAUCCAGCAGAGCGGCGACUCCAGCAGUGCAGCACUAGAUAGUGAACGACCACAAAAGAGCACUAGAUGAGGUGUGUGUGUGUGUGUGUGUGUGUGUGUGUGUGUGUGUGUGUGUGUGUGUGUGUGUGUGUGUGUGUGUGUGUGUGUGUGUGUGUGACACCUCCAGCACUGAGGAGAGAGAGAGAGCAGCCGCCAAUCACCAUCUGCACACCUACUGUUACAUACACACAGACACACACACACUACAUUACUGAACACACAGAUCCUUUAUUACUGAACACACACAUACUUCAUCACACACACACACUCACCAUAACUGAAAACAUGAACACACAUUCAUACAGUCUCACACACACACUAACACAUUCACAUACUUCAUAUCUGAACACACACACAUCAUAACUAAACACAGACACACACUUUAUUACUGAACACACACACUCUUCUACUGAACACACACAGAUCUUUCAUUACUGAACACACACACAUACUUCAUUACUGAAAACACACACACUACAUUACUGAACACACAGAUCCUUUAUUACUGAACACACACAUACUUCAUCACACACACACACACAUCAUUACUGGAAACACACACACUUUAUUACUGAACACACACACACACACACUUACUUCAUCACUGAAAACACACACACUUUAUUACUGAACACACACACACACUCUUCAUUACUGAAAAUACACACACGGGGAUCCUUCAUUUCCACACACACAAACACACACACACAAACACACACACACACACACACACACAGAUCCUUGACUUUGACUCUUUCAGUUGUUUAGUAAGAGCGAGUGUUUCUCUGACGCGUGUGUGCCAGUGUGUGUGUGCGCGCGUGCGUGUGUGUGUGUGUGUGUGUGUGUGUGUUCUGCAUGUUGACCAGUGUUUACUGCACUGCACAAAAUCAUCCUAAUCAGGACUCUUGCCUUGUUUACUCACACAUUCAUCAAGACAGAUUUAGACAAAUUAAUAAAUCAAAUCUCAUAUAUGGUGAUAUAUGCAGAUUACACAAUGACAAACAAGUUCAUCUUUGGAUUUCACACACACACACACACACACACACACUCUUGAGCAUAAAAUAAUUAAGUUGUGGGCGUCACAGUGGUUAGCACUGUGGCCUCACAGCAAGAAGGUCACUGAUUCGAGCCUCGGCUGGGUCAGUUGGUGUUUCUGUGUGGAGUUUGCAUGUUCUCCCCGUGUUGGUGUGGGUUUCCUCCGGGUGCUCCAGUUUCCCCCACAGUCCAAACACAUGCGCUAUAGGGGAACUGAUGAACUAAACUGGCCGUAGUGUAUGAGUGUGUGUGUGUGUGAAUGAGUGUGUAUGGGUGUUUCUCCAGUACUGGGUUGCAGCUGGAAGGGCAUCCGCUGUGUAAAACAUAUGCUGGAAUAGUUGGGGGUUCAUUCCGCUGUGGUGACCCCUGAUGAAUAAAGGGACUAAGCUGAAGAGAAAAUGAAUGAAUGAAUGAAUAAUUAGGUUAAAAACUCAAGAAUUGUGUCGUUUAGCUCAUUUUAAAUAAGUAGUGUGAACUAACAGCAAGCCUCAUUUAUGAAGCAAAAUAUCUGUAGAAAUAUGUAUUAUAUAUGCAACAUAUUUUAAAAUAUUGCAUACAUGUAAAAAAAUGUAUACAUGUAAAAUGCAAAUAUGAACUUGUAUGCCACACAUGUAAUUUGCAUAUAUUCACAUUUCCAUAUGAGACCAAAUAUAAUAGUGGGGUCUGAAUUGCGCUCGUUUUUCAGACGUUAUUAUUGGUUAGUAACAUUUUGAAAAUAAGGCCUCACACAUUCAGUCUGAGUGUAAAGUGUUACUGUUUUUUGUAAAAUCUAUAAACGUUUUAAGUUUGGUUUAUUACAAAAGAUUUAUACAUUUUAUAGUUAAAAAUGAAUUUGAGAGAAUAUCUGAAUAUCUUAACAGUUUGUGGAGUCUUUUGAGGAUAUUUUUACUGGAAAACAAGACAAAAAUACUAAUUAUGAAGUGAUUUUUGCAGUGUUACACAGACUUAUUUUAAUAUUUUUUAUGGAUUCUUAGAAAAAGAAGAAAAGGCAAUGACUGUUUGAUUUUCAGACACAUUUCACACACAAGUGGGUCAUUUCAAACUAUGGGUCAUUUAAAGAUUGUUUUUCUGAAGCAGAAUACAAAAAUGAAAAAUGUAAUUGCAACUUUUGAUCUUACUCUGACUUUCUUACAAUUUUGAGUUACAGGCUUGUAAUUGUAAGUUUGCAUCUCACAAUUAAAAAAACAUUAAAAUGGCAAAAUAGAAAUUCAGAAAUGUGAAACUUCAGAGUUGUGAGAUACAAUGUGAAAAUACUAUUCUGUGUUGUGUGAUAAACUCAGAAAUCUAAGAUACAAACUCAGAGUUGCAAAUGUCAGAAUUGCGAAAAAUGUCAGAAUUGUGAAAAAUUUGCAUUGUGGAAAACUGCAGAAUUGCAGAAAAGGUCAAAUUUUCUGAAAAUAUCAAAAUUGUGAAAAACGUCAGAACUGUGAAAAGCGCAGAAUUGCAAAAAAUGUCAGAAUUGCAAAAAAAAAGUUUGAAUGGCAGACAUUGUCAGAAUUGCGGAAAAUGUUGAAAUUGCUGAAAACAUCAGAAUUUGCUAAAAAAAAAUAGAAAAUUGUGGAAAAAAGUUAGAAUGGCAGACAUUGUCAGAAUUGCAGGAAAUGUUGAAAUUGCGUAAAACAUCGGAAUUUGUAAAAAAAAAAAAAGUCAGAAUUGAGGAAAGCGGCAGAAUUGCAAACAAUGUCAGAAUUGCGAAAAAUGUCAAAAUUGCGGAAAACGGCAGAAUUGCAAAAAAUAUUAGAAUUUCGAACAAUGUCAGAAUUGAGAAAUAUGUCAGAAUUGCUGAAAAUGGCAGUAUUGCGAAAAACAUCAGAAUUGUGAAAAAUGUCCAAAUUUCAAACAAUGUCAGAAUUGCGUAAAAUGUCAAAAUUGCGAAAAACGGCAGAAUUGCGAAAAACAAAAUUGCGAAAAAUAUCAGAAUUUCAAGCAAUGUCAGAAUUGAGAAAAAUGUCAGAAUUGCUAAAAACGGCAGAAUUGCGAAAAACAUCAGAAUUGUGAAAAAUGUCCAUAUUUCAAACAAUGUCAGAAUUGCAUAAAACGUCAAAAUUGCGAAAAACAGAAUUGCGAAAAAUAUCAGAAUUUCAAGCAAUGUCAAAACUGCGGAAAACUUCAGAAUUGCGGAAAAUGUCAGAAUUUCAAACAAUGUCAGAAUUGAGAAAAAUGUCAGAAUUGCUGAAAACGGCAGACUUGCGAAAAAUGUCAGAAUUUCAAGCAACUUCAGAAUUGCGGAAAACUUCAAAAUUGUGAUACAACGUCAGAAUUGUGAAAAGCAUCACAAUUGCAGAAAACUUCAAGAACUGCAAAAAAAAGGGAAAAGUUUUGCUAUUGCAAUUAAAACGUUUGAAUUGUGAAAACAUCAGAGUUGUGAGAGAUAAAUUGCGAGCUGCAAAAAAAUUUGACAGAUGGAAAGUCAGAAUUGUGAAAAAAAGUGAGGUGCAAAGUGAGAAAUGAGAGAUGUCAGAAAUGUCAGAAAGAGUUGUGAGAGACUUAUGUAAGAAUUAUGAAAAGCAUCUGAAUUACUAAAUAUGAAGUGAGAAUUGUGGGAUUUAGAGUGAGAAUUGUAAGGAAAGGGGGAAAACUGUAGAAUUGUGAAAAACAUUAAAAUGCAAAAUAACCCAAACCUAAAAACUGCAAUUGCUAUAAGUGAGGUGUAAAGCGAUGACGGACAGUCAGAAAAAAAUAAAAACUGCAAGAUACAAACUCCCAAUUAUAAUCAUAAAAAUAUCAGAAUUGUGAAAAACAUCCGAAUCAAAGGAUAUAAAUCGUUAGUUACGAAAAGUCAGAAUUGAGGAAAAAAAUGCUCAAUUAAAACAAUGUGAGAUAUAAAGUUAACACAGUCAUAAUUACGCAAUAAAAAGUUAAAGUUGCGAGAGAAAAAAAAUAAAAACUACAAGAUACAAACUCCGAAUUAAAGAAAAAAAACUUAAGAAUGGUAAAAAAACAUC